AUGUCGGGGCAGAUCUCUGGGGGACCCGCUCCGCCACAUGUGAACAAGGACAAACGUUUCUGUCCGGAAGAACAGCUUCGCCAGCAGCGGCGACCAGGACUGGAGCCCACCCACCCGACGACGGCCCUCCCACGCACUCCCCCAGGCCAGACCCAGGGGGGCCCGCCUCCCACAGGCCUGGCCCCUUUCCAGCAGACACCCAGGCUGAGGCGGAGAGGGCCCACCCCGACCAGCCGGCCCAACGCUGACACGGCGGCGUCGAGAACGCGGCGGCCCGGGGCAGCCAGGAGCCCAGGCGGCAAGUGGCACGGGCGUGGGUGUACUUCUGUCUGCAGAGAGAGAGCAAGGCGGACCCUGUCUGGGGAAGAGGGUCCCAGAGGCAAGGAAGAGGAGGGAGAGGAGGACCACGGAGGCCCCUGGAGUAAGUCCGGGAGGAGACACGGGCACCUGGCCAAGCGCCACCGCGGUGGGAGCCGGGCGCCAGGGACGCCGCAGCACAGCCUGCACCUGGCCCCCUCCCCCGCUGCACCCCCGAAGCCCGGGGACCACCUCCAGGGCCAGGACCACCCAGACCCUCGGCUCUGCCUGUGGCCCCGGAAGAGCAGCAGCGACCCACCCCAUGCGCCCCCUCCUACGGACAGCGGCCAAGGGGAACUGCCCCGCCAGGACACCCGCCCCCUCAGCGCCCUUUUCCUGGGCGUCAGCCGGCCCACUGUCCGACGCGGCCAGCAGCCCGAGGUCCGCGCUGCGAGGCCCUGGGCCACCACGCCGGGCGGGACCGGGCUCCGGCCAGAGGCGCCAUCGGCACCCCAUCGGAGGCCUGCCGCUGGGAGGGGGCGGCCCCCGCGCCCCGCCGCCUUCCCGCGAGACUACGGGCUCCCCGGGACGGCGAGGCCCGUGGCCCCCCAAAGACGGGCCGCCGGCCACCGGGGACGAGCCGCGGGCGUCCGCCUGCCCCGCAGCGCAGCGCAGCCGCCAACGAGGGAAAGCGAGCUCCGGGCCGAGUUCCCCUCUUUAACUGCUUCCUCCCAGCCGGAAGGCCCCCCCGAGCCUCCCCCAACCCCGUCCCCGGAGCCCGGGCCUGCCCGCUGCCUCCUCUGGCCCGGGCCUGCCAUGGAACCCAAGCCGCUGGCCCUGUCCCCUCCCGUCCGCCAGUCUCCAGGGUGA